UAGAGGCAAAAAUUACGACGGUGAAAAAAAUGGGAAAAUGCAUAUUUUUAACAUAUAUCUUUUGAUGGCGAGAACAAUCAGCAUUUAUAUCUAACGCGGUUUAAAGCCAGAGAAAAAAGAAUGUAUUCGUAUAUCGAGACCGAGAGUUAUUUGUCAAGGAUUAUUGCACAGUGUAAAGGGAUGAGCGGGACGAGAAGGGAUGCGAGUGGGAGGAGAGCGGCAGGAGUUGGCGAGGAUGCGCAUUACAAUGGACUGUCACAGUUUGCACGCGACACUCGCGCUGUAAACAACGUUGUAAUAGAGACGUCUCUGUUUCUGGUAUUAAUUAAUAAUUAACGCGGCCUUUUUGUAUCGUCAACGCUGCAGCGAUCUAUCGCGCGACCCCAACAACAGAGGAAUUUGUCGAACCUGGUUUUCAGUACAACGUAUCGAUUUACUUUGAAAGCGUUACUUUGUAACUUGUACGCAUCGAUCCACCAUACGAACGCAAAAAGAUACGUUGAUUGUGAGCUGGAAGAGGGAAUUAUAUUGAUUCAUCGCGUUUGAUGGGAGCUAAGUGAUAUUACGAAAACUAUGACAUAAUUGUGAGAAUGAUUAUUGGAAUGGCGCACGGGACUCGAAGUUCUUCCUCCGAUCGGUUUACCAGUAUUGUGAAUCUGAUGGACUACCUUGACAACUGAAUGCGGAUGAUCCAACGUCGAAUCGAUUCCUGAAAGCGUCGUUUGUAUUGAAAGUAAAAUAGAACGGACUGCUACGUACGAUAUGUGGGAUCGCAGCGCGACGGGAAGAUGCUUUGUAUUGUCGAAGAACGGAAGUCCAAUGGCAUUCAAUUUGCCCAGUCUGAGGUGAACGAGAGCGAGCCGAGGCUCGAUGAUGCGCACGAAAAUUGGGCGCUCUGCAUUUACGAAAAGUGCUAAAGGGAGAUGAAGAUGAACCAAGAACCCUUCAAUAUAACGCAGCAUUCAACGGUGUCAAAUUCGCGAGGUGAGAUGAACGACAAACUUGACUUCUUCCUCAGCGUCGUCUUGAUAAUCGGCGGCGUGAUGACAGUGACCGCGCUGCUGGCCUGUUACGCUUACUUCCUUCGAGAUUUAUGUUGCCCGCCAGGACGCAGAUCCAAAAGACGACGUCAACAGAACCCCCGGCGAGAGCUCGAUAAUCCGAACAGAGCCAGAUUAGACACGAUACCGUUGAACGAUAUCACGCAAGGGGAAAGUAUGCCCACGGAAACUGAGAAAAUUUAAAUGGCGCGAAAAUAUUUAAAGAAGGCGGCCUUUUACGUUACAAGCCUAAAAAUAAAGUGCGAAGCAAAAUGUAAUAAACCGAUACAACUAACGAUUAUUGAAAGGGAUUAUUGGGAAAGAAUACUUUUGUAUGCUUCUGGCACACAUUAGGGAUAUCAAGCACACAGCAUAGGGGAGAAGAAAAACUAACAAUAUACGUACAGAAGCUCGGUCGUGUACAUAUUCAUUGUAAAUAUAUGUUAUAAAUCUGUUAUAUACAUAAUCAGAUGUACAUACAUAUACAUAUAUACACUAUAUGCCAUUCGUUUAUCGCAAAGUGUAUGCGAUCAAAGAUUUGGUAAAAAUAUUCGACAUCAGUUGUUGAUAUUAUAUCGUAUGUAUCCGAUGUAUAUAAAAUAAACUUCUAUUCAUAUAUCUUU